AUGGAGCGAAAUGGCUCCUUCUCCACGCUAGGGCAAAAAGAAACCCGCCAAGACCCGAACGACAGCAGCGACGCUCUGGGUGACAGCCAGGGCUUCCAGGCUGGGGGCGCCGGGCCGAAGCAGCAACAGCGCCGCGUGGUUGGUCAGCCAGCGCGCACGCACCAGGUGCCAACCCUGGUGCGGGCGGAUGGUGGAGCCAGGACGCUGGGUGGGACGCUAGGACGGAAGCAAUGA